GCUCCGCAGGCCGCGGGAGGUGGGCCGCCACACCCCGCGGGGCCGCCGACGUCCCAGGAGCCGCCGGCCGCCGGCCCCGCCGCCGCGAUGCGGACCUCGGGGCUGCUGACCGCCGCCUCCCUCGCCGUCGUGUGCGCCGCGCUGCUGGCCGCCGCCCCCGGGCCCAGGUUUCUGGUGACAGCCCCAGGGAUCAUCAGGCCUGGGGCAAAUGUGACCAUUGGGGUGGAGCUUCUGGAACACAGCCCCCCACAGGUCACUGUGCAGGCGGAGCUGGUCAAGCUGGCAGCAAACCACACCAUCUCUGUCCUGGAAGCAGAAGGAGUCUUUGAAAAAGGCUCUUUCAAGAGACUUAUUCUUCCAUCACUGCCUCUGAACAGCGCAGAUGAAAUUUAUGAGCUGCGUGUAACUGGACGUGCCCAGGAUGAGAUUUUGUUCUCCAAUAGCACACGCCUGGCGUUUGAGACCAAGAGAGUGACUGUCUUCAUUCAGACAGACAAGGCCCUCUACAAGCCGAAGCAGGAAGUGAAGUUCCGUGUUCUUACACUCUUCUCAGAUUUUAAGCCUUAUAAAACUUCUUUAAACAUUCUAAUGAAGGACCCCAAGUCAAAUUUGAUCCAGCAGUGGCUGUCAGAAGAAAAUGAUCUUGGAGUCAUUUCCAAAACUUUUCAGUUAUCUUCCCAUCCAAUACUUGGUGACUGGUCCAUUCAAGUUCAAGUGAAUGACCAGACAUAUUAUCAAUCAUUUCAGGUUUCAGAAUAUGUUUUACCCAAAUUUGAAGUUGCUUUACAGACCCCGUUGUAUUGUUCUUUGAACUCGAGGAGUUUAAAUGGGACAGUCACAGCAAAGUAUACAUAUGGGAAGCCAGUGAAAGGAGAUGUAACACUUACAUUUUUACCUUUAUCCUUUUGGGGCGUAAAGAAAAAUAUUACAAAAAUAUUUAAGAUAAAUGGAUCUGCAAACUUCUCUUUUACUGAUGAAGAGAUGAAAAAGGUAAUGGAUUUUUCAGACGGGCUUUCUGAGCACAUGUAUCUGUCUUCCCCUGGGCCGGUAGAAAUUUUAGCCACCGUGACUGAAUCACUUACAGGUAUCUCAAGAAAUGCAAGCUCCAAUGUGUUUUUCAAGCAACAUGAUUACAUCAUUGAGUUUUUUGAUUAUGCUACUGUCUUAAAGCCAUCGCUCAACUUCACAGCCACUGUGAAGGUGACGCGUUCUGACGGCGGCCCACUGACGCUGGAGGAAAGGGGCAAUGACGUGGUCAUCACGGUGACACAGAGGAGCUCCACGGAGCCCUGGGGCCGGUGGGGCAGCAGGCGGCGGGAGGUCGGAGCUGUCCAGAUGCUGAAUCACACCGUGCCCGCGAGUGGCAUCUUCAAGGUGGAAUUCCCCAUCCUGGACGACUCCAGCGAGCUGCAGCUGAAGGCCUAUUUUCUUAAUAGUGUGAGUAGCAUGGCAGUUCACGGUAUGUUUAAGUCUCCUACCAAAACAUACAUCCAGCUGAAAACGAGAGACGAAGAUAUAAAGGUGGGAUCGCCCUUUGAGCUGGAGGUCAGUGGUAACAAGCACUUGAAGGAGUUAAGCUAUAUGGUAGUUUCCAGGGGGCAGUUGGUGGCUGUCGGAAAGCAGAACUCAACAACCUUCUCUUUAACACCAGAAAAUUCUUGGGCUCCAAAAGCCUGUAUAAUUGUGUAUUAUAUUGAAGAUGAUGGGGAAAUUAUCAAUGAUGUUCUAAAAAUUCCUGUUCAGCUUGCUUUUAAAAAUAAGAUCAAGCUGUCUUGGAGUAAAGCUCAGGCGGAACCGUCUGAGAAAGUCUCUCUCAGGAUCUCUGUGACACAGCCACACUCCGUAGUUGGGAUUAUUGCUGUUGACAGAAGUGUGAAUUUGAUGAAUGCCUCAAAUGAUAUUACUAUGGAGAAUGUGGUGCACGAGUUGGAACUUUAUAACACAGGGUAUUACUUGGGCAUGUUCAUGAAUUCUUUUGCAGUCUUUCAGGAGUGUGGCCUCUGGGUGUUGACGGAUGCAAACCUCGGGAAGGGUUACACUGACGGCGUCUAUGACAGUGUAGAGGCUGCCGAGAGGUUCGUGGAAGAGAACGAAGGAUACUUGGAUUUCCAUGACUUUUCUUCCACUGGCAAUUCAUAUGUCAGAAAGCAUUUUCCAGAGACUUGGAUCUGGCUAGACAGCAACAUGGGUUCCAGGAUCGACCAGGACUUGGAGGUUACUGUGCCCGAUUCUAUCACUUCCUGGGCAGCUUCUGCUUUUGUGAUCUCUGAGGACCUCGGUCUUGGACUGACGACGACUCCAGUGGAGCUACGAGCCUUCCAACCAUUUUUCAUUUCUUUGAAUCUCCCCUAUGCUGUCAUCAGAGGUGAAGAACUCGCUUUGGAAGUAAUCAUAUUCAAUUAUCUGAAAGAAGCCACGGAGGUUAAGGUCAUCGUUGAGAAAAGUGACGAAUUUGAUAUUCUAAUGACUCCGAAUGAGAUGAAUGCCACGGUACACCAGCAGGACAUUCUGGUGCCCAGUGAGGAUGGGGCGACUCUUCUUUUCCCAGUCAGACCGACACGUCUGGGGGAAAUUCCCAUCACAGUCAGAGCUGUGUCAGCUGCUGCUUCUGACGCUGUCACUCAGAGGAUCUUAGUAAAGGCUGAAGGAAUAGAAAAAUCGUAUUCACAGUCCAUCUUGUUAGAUUUGACUGACAGCAAGCUGCCAACUACCCUGAAAACUCUGAGUUUCUCAUUUCCUCCCAACACAGUGAGUGGCAGCGAGAGAGCGGAGGUUUCCGCAGUCGGAGAUAUUCUCGGCCCUUCCAUCCACGGCUUAGCCACGCUGAUUCAGAUGCCUUAUGGCUGCGGUGAGCAGAACAUGAUAAAUUUUGCUCCUAAUAUUUACGUUUUGGAUUACCUGACUAAAAAGAAACAAUUGACGGAGAAUUUAAAAGAAAAAGCCCUUUCAUUUAUGAGGCAAGGUUACCAGAGGGAGCUUCUUUAUCAGAGGGCGGACGGCUCCUUCAGUGCUUUUGGCAACGACGACCCUUCUGGGAGCACUUGGUUGUCAGCUUUUGUUUUAAGAUGCUUCCUUGAGGCUGAUCCUUACAUAGAUAUCGAUCAGAAUGUGUUGCAGAGAACGUAUGUGUGGCUCCAAGGGCAUCAGAAGUCCAAUGGUGGAUUCUGGGAGCCAGGGAGAGUGAUCCACAGGGAGCUGCAAGGUGGCCAGGAGAGUCCAGUGACGCUCACAGCUUAUAUUGUCACUUCUAUCCUGGGAUAUAAAAAGUAUCAGCCUAAUAUUGAUGUGCAAGAGUCUAUCAACUUUUUGGAGUCUGAAUUCAAUAGAGGAAUUUCAGACAAUUACACUCUAGCUCUCAUAACUUACGCGCUGUCGUCCGUGGGAAGCCCUGUAGCCAAAGAAGCUUUGAGUAUGCUGACUCGGAGAGCAGAGCGAGAAGGAGGCAUGCAGUUCUGGGUGUCACCAGUGCCCCAGCUCUCCGAGUCCUGGCAGCCGCGCUCCCUGGAUAUUGAAGUUGCGGCCUAUGCUCUGCUCUCACACUUCCUGCAGCUCCAGGUUUCGGAGGGAAUUCCGAUUAUGAGGUGGCUAAGCAGGCAAAGAAACAGCUUGGGAGGCUUUGCAUCUACCCAGGACACCGUUGUGGCCUUGAAGGCCCUGUCUGAAUUCGCAGCCCUCAUGAACACAGAGAGGACAGAUGUGCACGUGACCGUGACGGGGCCCAGCUCGCCGAGGCCUGUGAAGUUUCUGAUUGACGCGCAGAACCGCUUUCUCCUCCGGACGGCAGAGCUUGAGGUGGUACAACCAACUGAAGUUAAUAUUUCUGCAAAUGGUUUUGGAUUCGCCAUUUGUCAGCUUAAUGUUGUCUAUAAUGUGAAAGAGUCAAGGUCUUCUAGAAGACGAAAAUCUAUUGAAAACCAAGAAGCCUUUGAUUUAGAUGUUGCUGUAAAAGAAAAUAAGGAUGACAUCAAUCACUUGAAUUUGAAUGUGUGCACAAGGUUUUUGGGUCCAGCUAGAAGUGGCAUGGCCCUUAUGGAAAUUCAUCUCCUCAGUGGCUUUACUGUGCCCUCAGGCACAAUUCCUCUGAGCGAGACAGUGAAGAAAGUGGAACACGAUCAUGGAAAACUCAACCUGUAUUUAGAUUCUGUAAAUGAAACCCAGUUUUGUGUUGAUAUUCCUGCUGUGAGAGACUUCAAAGUUUCAAAUACACAAGAUGCUUCAGUGUCCAUAGUGGACUAUUAUGAACCAAGGAGACACGCGGUGAGAAGUUACAACUCCGGAGCGCAGCUGUCCUCCUGCGACCUCUGCGGGGGCGCCCGCGGCUGCCGUCCUUGCGGGAGUGGAGCCCCAGCUUCCCGUCCCCUCUCUUCGGCCAUUUUCGUUCUCUGUUCCAUGCUUCUGUUCUCUUUGCAACACUGGCUGUGAUGGAUUUUUUUCAGGACUCCAUGUAACACAUUUCCACAAGUCAUAUGUGGCCUUCUCCUUUUCAUAACCAAAUAUUGCUUCUAUUUAAAACAAUUCGUUUUCUUUUUAUGGGGUUGGGAGGAUGGUGUACAGCGGGAUCUAGUGUGAUGGAUGCAUAGAUGUCUUCUGUGUGGGACAAAAUUUUGCAGUUGUAUAUCUUUGUUUCUUAAAAUUGUUAAGGAUUUUUUUUUUGGAGGCAUUGUUUUCUCUGAAAUAAAUGUGUUAUUUUAGAUUCGUUAUUCUUUUCAUUCGCUAAAGGAAAUGAGCUGAGGUUCUUUAAAGCACUGUUGGGUCCCGUGCUGGGUUUGCUGAGGACAGUUUUCAGGGACCUGGGAGAGACCCCAGAACGAGGGGCUUGUUCCGUUCGCUUCCACAUCGCCUCGCCCCUGUGGUCUCAGGAUCGCCGUCUUCAUUGGAUAUUUCUUCUUUCUUUUUAGAAUAUGGGGGUGAGGUUUUAUCGCCCAGGGUCCUGUGGGAGCUCCUCCGGGCCCGGGGGUCUGAUGUUGGACUGCCAGCCGCCUGCUGGCAUCCAAUGCUUGCUGUGACUCUAUAAGAAAAUUCCUGAAUUUUGAGCACCUGGAACAUGGGUUGCCCUGUAUUCCUAAGGACAAUAUUCAUUUAUUUGGGUGAAAGUUUUAAAGAAAAAUUCCUUCCCUCUUCCUCUCUCUCCCUUUUCUCUUCCUUCUUUCUUACUUUCCUUCCCUUCUUCCUUCUUUCUUUUCUAAAUAUCUUGAAAUAGUUUAGAUAUAUCCGAAAUAAAUUGAAGAUCUCUUACUAUGUCUGAGAAAUGGUUUAAUUUUGCUCCUCAGCUUGGAGGCACCUCCCUGCAGGGGGCACGGGAGGGUUGACUGUGGGCCCCAGGGGGUCUGCAUUACAGUGUUUCAAUUGCUGGAAAGUAAAUUCAUCAAAAAUGAAGCAUGCAGAUGUGCCUUUUAAAGUUAAUUUGAAAUGCUUUUGUUUUAGUGAGCUUUAAUACAGUGGGGCCGGGCUCCUGUGUUCUUAGGGGUAUUUGCACACUGAGGUAUGCGUGACCAGCGUUAGUGCUUUAAAGCUGGAAGCUUAUGUGUAGAAAGUAGGUCCUCAGAGAGUGGCCUGUGGUGAGAGAGAAGUUAAAUACCAAAUAAAUAAUCUUAUAUUUACUUUCGAGUGGGAAAAAGUUCUUAAUUCUGUAAUACCUUUGAAACGUCGAAUCUUAAAAAAGGCACUUGUUAUGUUUGGACCUUCCUAUGUGGCGUUUUUGGCCUGCGUACCUCACGACUCCUUCUGGGAUGACGGUGUGUCCCAAUAAGUUGGGGGGUGUCGGCACAGGGUGCCCCCUGUCCUGCCCUGCCCAGUGGCCCUUAGACUGACCAUGUGCCUUAAAUGCUAAGUGGAUGAUCUAUACUGAACUCAUGCAGUUUAUGAGGAAACAUGAGGAGAGGAGGCUCAUGCAUUGGAAGGCAGCUUGUAUCUCCUUUAGACCGUAUUUUCUCCUUUAAAAACUAGAACUCAUACUUUUUUGUGAAGUGUUUCAGAUUUUCAGGUUAAGUUGUUUCAUAACUUAUCUUGUAAUGCAUCUGCUCUUACUAUAAAUGUCCUAAAAAUGAGGAGGCAGCACAGCAAGGCCAGUGAGCCCUGCCUCGUGGUCCGGGGGGCGGUGGCCCCAGCUUGGCGUCUCCCCUCCUUCCUUGGGCCUUCUCGGGGACCUGGCUCUGCUCCAGGCAGUGGGUUUGGAUGAAAAGUGAUUAAAAAGCCACAGGCGUUUGGAGAAGGGAGGACAUGCAAUAGUAAUAAUAGUACAGAUUGUUUUCUUCCUAUGCUGUGGAUAAUAAUAUGGAAAACACUCCUUUUACCUUUACUUUGGCUUGUGCACAAACUUUUGCAUUUGGAACUCCAUCUAUUUCAUUCCCUGAUGGGAACUAGUCAGACUUUCCCCUUCUCUCCACUGACUGGGAAACUUAAAAGACACUAACUAGCAUGUGUACGUAUCUACUUCUGGGUUCUGGCCAAAGGCUCCAGUGACUGAAUGUUGGGACUGACGAGUAGCCAGACAAUUCAAGGACAGAACCACGCUUCUGUAUGUGGCUUCACUGUCUGGCUACCUUCCAUUACUAUUCCAAAAAAGAAAUUAAGGGAUCCGGCAAUCCUUUCUCUCUUUCCCUGAGUUUGGUUAACAUAUGGCUGGUCAGUGAAAUAUGUCCUUUUAUUGUAUUGUUCUAUGAUACUUUUGUUUUUCAAAAUAUUAUAACAAUAGUAUCUGAGGUUAAGUAUUUUGGUUGUAUUAUACUCUCAGGGGUACUGUACCAAUAUGAAAGCCAGAUAUACACCUGUCACCGAACAAUCUGUCAUGUGCAUGUACAGCACCGUACCCUGCGUGUGGACUUCUCAGAAGGGUUGAUAGCAUGGUUCUUCCUGCUCCCAUUCUUUUGAGCCUGAGUAUUUUUUUUAAGUUAUAUUUAUUCCUAAUUUCUGUUUAUGUUACACAUAGUUAGAAAGAGUCUGGCAAUAUAAUACCAAUGAUCUUUAUUUUGACAUAAUUCAGUUAUUUUAUUCAACAUAUCUGGCUGUCCUAUGAUAUUUUUUUAAAAAACGGAGCUAUGAUCUUCAUCAUUUCUUAAAGAAGCCAUCUCAUUAACCUACUGACAUAUAACCUGGAGUUCUUUGCAAUAGCCUCACCUUUUCUAAUUUGCUUUAUUGAAGUUUAGGACUGCUUUCUAUAAAAAUAAGUUGUAAAUACCUCCUUGACAAGGUUUCUUAUAGUGCAGCCAGUACUUAUUUGGAGGUGGGCAAGGCUGCCAUGGGUCCGGGUGCCAUCAGGUACUCUCAGGUUCAUUGUUUUCCCGCACAGUGUAAAUCUCAGCUACUUAGAGUAAGGGGCUCACCCCUGGAUGAGCUUCAGAGCCUUUUAUACUCUCAGAAGAGGCUUCUGCUGGAACAGUAUAUUCUUUGUUUUCCAUUUUCAAGUUUCAGGAAGGCAUAGCUUUUAAGAACUUAAAAAUUUCCUAUCAUGCAUUCAAAUGAUAUUUAUGUUAAUAUUAAAUGUCUUAAAUUACAAUGGGAGAAAUUUGAGGUGCAUUUAUUUUUAUCACUACUUUGAAGGGAGGACUGUCACACCACUUUCUUCAGAAAACUAAGAAGUAAAUAUAAAUUUUAAAUAAAGCAUGUAUCAGAGUAGGCUUGUUUCAAAAUUAAUCCCAGCCCAAUGAGUCGUGUUAUCCUGGCCCUCAUGAAAGAGUGUAUUAUCCCAUAAAAUGUCCUUUUCAUUUAUUGUGACACAGAAAAAGACACAUUUCUUGAUGGUUCCUAAGUUUCUCACCUCAAAGGGCCCUUACACAUUGGUGUGUGUGCAUCUGCUGUAGGGAUGACAUCGAUGUAUGUGUGGCUGCAUAGUUAAGAAGAAUCCUCAUGCUGUCCUGAGGCCACGCUUUGCCACCCUUCUGCCAGCGUAUUGGUGCAGUGGUAGAGGGGCGCUACGUUUGUAGAGCGUCAGGAUUUUCCUCUAAUACCUGGUCCUGCAAGCCUUUCUAUCAUGGGAUGUCAGUGGGGUGUAGUCGCUGUGAAGGGGCACUUUCUUCUGUACACAGGAAGCUUUAUAAAAUUGUAUUCAAAAAUCCCUCAUUUUGAGAAACUUGUGCAUAUGAGAAGAAUAAUGUUGAAAAAAAAACAUUAUUUUUCCUAGAAACUAAAGCUUUAUAUAUUGAUCAAGGUGAUUCUGAAAGCUUAAGUUUUAAAUGUUAGAAUGCUGUUCUUGUUCAUUGUACCUUGUUAUGUAUUUAUAGGAAAUCUUGGUCUAUCAAUAAAAAUUAAAAUUCC